UAAAAAGAAGUGACAAUGCCGAGCGCAGGGGAUGGUUCGGUUAAAUCGGGAACACCGCGAAGGAAUUCAACCAAAAGCAAAACUCCAAUACAAUCCGAUGAUCUUCCACUUGUUCUUCCGUCUCAUAGUAGGUCUGAAAGUCCAGACAGUCGAGUAUCGUCUGCUCGUAGCAGACGGACGGAUCCCGCAGGUCUCAUUACAGAUUUAACUCGCUUAAAAGAAAUCACACAUGAUGAAAGAAUUCAAAGCCCCACAUACAGAAAACUUUUGGGUGAUUUUGGUCCCGAGGAACUUCCGGAAACUGCUUUUCAUGUUGAACAAGAAGGAAUCGAACCAAGGGACACUGUGUUCUUUGGGGGCGAUAUUGAGGGUCAGAUUAAGGAAGAUGAGGAUGAAAUUGAGGAAAUUGAGGACGACCUUGAUGAGGAGUUCGGUGAGGACCUUGACAACAUCUCCUCCAUUGGUUCAGACGAGGAGGCACGUGCUGCAGAGUAUGACACGGAUUUGGAAGUGGACGCAGAUAAAUUGAUCUUCCCAGAGAAAUAUGAGCACGACACUACUGGAAAAUCUGUAUAUCUAAAGAAAUGUGAAGAAAUCGGUGUUCAGCCCAUUACAUAUUUUAUAAACCACAUGCAAGACACCCAACUUGUCAUGAAGCAUCAUAGUCUUGGUCCCCAAGGAAUGAAAGCCAUAGCCAAACCACUAGAGGUUAAUACAGUUAUAGAGAAAAUUGACCUUGAAGGGAAUUAUAUCCUGGGAGAGGGCGCCAUUUACCUGACGAAGGUCCUCAGGGAAAACGUAUACGUCACAGAACUGAUAUUAUGUGAUAACAAAAUCGGUAACGAUGGAGCGCAGGCACUGUGUGAACUUUUGUCCGAAAAUAAAACAAUCAUCCACUUGAACUUAACAGGCAAUGAUAUCGAGGAUUCUGCAGCUGAAGCAUUCUAUGAGAUGUUAACGAGAAAUGCCUCGAUCAAGACGCUAAUGCUUCGCCACAAUAAGUUUGAAGACGUGGGAGCUCAAUGGUUCCACGAUUCCAUGAAUGAGAAUGUCACUUUAGAGACAUUAGAUCUAAGUUUUAACAGAUUCCAAAACAAAGGUUGUGUUCUCCUUGCACAAGCUCUCAAGGAUAAUGUUGGGCUGAAGUAUCUAGACAUUAGUAUGAAUGGUUUUGGUCUAGAGGGUGCUAGAGCUCUAGAGGGCGCUCUUAAAGAAAACAAGUACCUUACAGAUCUUAAUAUUAGUUACUGUCGUAUCCCGGAUGAGGCCGCCGUCCAUAUUGCAGGUGGUCUGCAGCAUAACGACACACUGGAAAAACUCAACAUUGGAUAUAAUCCUCUUCAAGAAGAUGGAGCGGACAAAAUUUUGACUGCUGUUCAUGUAAAUCAAAGCAGUGUUUUGAAACUCCUAGACUUUGGUAUCCUCAUGGUGAAAAAAUCGUUCAAAGAGCUUGAAGGACAGUUGGCGGAGGAGAGGGGGUUAAAAACAAUCUAUGGUGGGGUGUUACCAGAUUGUCCACGCACAAAACUCCGAGGGGAAAUUGACGCCAUGAAAUUAUUUAUGAGAGAUCCUAUGGCCAAGCUAAAAGCUUACGUAGAGAAAGAGGGGUAUCGAAUGGUCGAUCUUCUGAAAUCUUUCGAUAGAGAUCAAAGUUUUACCAUAUCACUGGAGGAACUGAAAGAGGGUGUUAGGAGGUGUAACAUUGACCUCACUGACCCCCAGAUUUCCCAGCUGAUGAAACAACUUGACAAGGAUGGCAAUGGUGAAAUAGACUUCAGUGAACUUCUACAAGGAAAUGAUGAGUUGAUUUUGAAGAAAAGAGCGGUAAAGAAAUUUAUGCAGGCAAACGAUCAAAAGAAAUCAUUAGAAGAAACUCAUGCCGACUCCAAAGCGGAACCAAAAUCCUAUAUGUCAAUGUUGGACAGCUGAUCAUCUUGCAGAGAAUUCUUGUUGAAAUACAUUUAUCAACAGUCUUUUUUUAAGUUCUGUAAGGAAAACAAAGGAUUGAAUCAACUACUGAAAUUUUUACAGAAGGAAAUAUUUGUGCUUCACAUGAAUUUUGCAUGAGCAGUUUCAGAAAAAGUGUCCUUUCCCUUGGAAUAUGCAGGAAA